AUGGCCCAGAGGAAAAUUGCAGCUUCCGCAGCGGGCGCUGUGGCCCUCUUCUUGGCUGGGGCCAUGGCCUUCACUGCGCCGUCGCUGCGGGCAACAGCGCCUCGGGGAAUGGUCGCUGGGGAGGCGUCCCAGAUGCCAACGGAGCAGUCGAUGUUUGCCGGAAACACGGGCCUGACCCUGGCGCUCGGCGCCCUGGGCGCCGUCGGCGCUGCAGCGGCAGCUCGGGCCGCGAAAGCCGCCAGGCGUUCCCAUGCCGUCAAGAUCUAUGACACCUGCAUCGGCUGCACCCUCUGCGUGCGCGCAUGCCCCACGGAUGUGCUGGAGAUGGUCCCUGCGACGAUCAAUGCCGCCAAGCAGGUCGCUUCCUCCCCGCGAGUGGAGGAUUGCGUGGGAUGCAAGCGAUGCGAGACGGCGUGCCCCACGGACUUCCUGAGCAUCCGGGUGUACCUGCAGGACAACGAGGUGCGAUCUCGCCUGCGAAAGGCGAUUGCCAACGGCCGUCAAGUGUCUGAGCGACGCCUUUCGGUGUUAGCUCAGCACCACGGAACUUGCCCGACAAGACGACGAUCACUACUGGGCAUGGGAAGAGGAAAGUACAAUCAGCAGCCAUGGGUAAAGGACGAGUCCUACUACCGUGUAUGGCCAGGUGCUUAUUCGCCGCCCUCGCAUCGAUCGCGGCCUUCGUGGCAAGCGAAUCAAGGGCCGGUCUUCCCCAGCUACAACACCAUCGAUCUCACUCAGGAUGCCACCGGGGCAGCGGGUGCCGAUGGAGCAGAUGCGAGGCCACCGGACGCGGCCAACGCAGGUUUGGUUCCUACACUGCAGACGGCCCUCAAUCAGACACGCAAGGCCGAGCAGAAAGUGAACAAGCUCAAGAAGGCGAAGCAGACCGGUGCGGCCAAGUGGAAGCAGUACGAGGCCUCCCUCAAGGCGACUUUUGCCCGGGAGCGUGGCCGCUUUGCCAAAGACCAGGAGCGCAUGGCAAAAGAGAUCGUCGAGGCCGAGGCAGCACAGGAAGAAGCCCGCGGUGCUCUUCGACAGGUCUUCAUGCAGGAACAGGGCCAGCCACAGGAUGUGGCGAUGGCCGAGCUGCCUUCAGUCGAUCAGGUCUUUGCCAGCUGGGAGACAGAGGAUCAGUCGGACUAUGGGGCUGUCCUUCGCCGCGCCAUGGACAGCCGAGGAUCGCCAGUACCAGUGAUGAUGGAUCCGUACCUGGCAGCUUCCUACAUGUCGGGUGCCAUUCCUCCGGGCUUUGGUCCGCCGAUGCUGCCAGUUCCGGGCCCUGGACUUGCAGUUUCAGGGGACAUGGAUGUGGCAGGUACGACCGGUCCACCUGCUCAUAUGCCUCCUGGUCACAUGGUCCCAGCACCAGCUGUGGCACCUCCUGCUGCACCAACCACUGGAGCGGAUGCCAUACACAAUGGAGGCUAUGGACCCAGCCCGACCUUGGGAGACCGUCUUCAGCGUCGACGUGCGCUGGAGCCUUUUGGCGGUCCGCGAGACCGAGGGCCGUCCAGAGCAGAGGAGACGACGGAUCCCGUGCCAACGGGUGCCAGACGUCUCAACAUCCUUGCGGACGACGAGGAAGAAGAGGAGAACGAGUCCGAAGAAGGCACGGGAGAUGGAGAUUGUGGGCACUUCGCUGCUUUGGUGCGGAAGGCGACGGUCGAAGCUCAUGCGUUUUUCGACCCAUCUUUCCUGUAUGCUGGAUUUCUGCCUUCCUCCAACGACAGUCGCAUGGAUUUUGUCUUCCUCGGCUCCGGCUCCCUCCUUGACUUGGAGGAACUGGUUUUGGUUAUGCUGAUAGACAGGUUUGUCAAGCGCCGAACAGUCGUAUCGGUGGCUCUGGGUCGACGGCUGACAACCGGUUUAUGCAGCAAUGUGCACAACGGUGCCGCCCACGAGUGGGUUCUGAUGGCACUGAUGCCUUCGGACGUCGCAGAUUUGGCUGUCCAAACCAGCCAUCUGAAUGACAAAGCUUGCUCUGUGCUCUGGGUCGGACUGUUUUGCCUUGCGCUGCUUUGGCUAUGCAGUGCAUUCAGCAGGUUGAGUCGAGCCUUGGCUCCUGCUCUUCGUCACAUCGCCACCUUGCUGUACCUCAGGUUCCGGGUGGGCCCCACAGGCUCGACCAGGUCCGAGUUUCUCGGACCAUCUGUGCUCGGUGCUAUGGUCCAGGCCAGCGACCUCAAUGUCGGGGUGUUGUUAUGCUGCUGGCUGUGUGCUUUGUGGCUUGGGCGACUUGACACUGCAAGUUUGGAAACUCAUGCGGGUGCCAUUGCCCUUGGAUUUCAUUUUGCAGUCAGUGGUUGCCUCAGCGGCCUUCUUGUUUGGUCUGCAUCUUCUUUUGCGUGUGGAGGUCGACGUCGGGCAAAUCGGCUUCUUGGUUGGGUUCCGACCUUUGCAUUGGUGCCGUUGGGUUGUGUUGCCGCUGUGCGGAAGGAAAGAACUGCCACAUGUCAGGCAGCGCGACAUUACACCCGGCAACCGACAUGUGUCUGUCGCGGUCCCCUUGCGCGAGGCUGCUAUGUCUUCCUGCUGGCCUUGUCUUUACCGGAAGCGGUUGAGGCGCACUCAUGGAGCAUAACGUCCUUGACCUUGGCUGCCACUGUCGUCCCCUGGACGAAAUGCCAUGGCAUGACGCGUCCAGACACACAAGGAUGCCCUGCUGCUGACCGUGCGCACAGACGACGGCCACAUGAGAUCCAACCUGAUGAGUUGAUCCCACAUGAUGGUACGCACCAUGUCACCCUGCCAUGGGUCGACCGUGCAGGAGCAUCAGUUACCGACCCUGCAUCGUCUUCUGUCAGCCAGGCUUGCUCAGUCGGUGCUGGCCCGUCCAGCCUUGGUGUGUAUGUGCAUACACCGUAUUACCAUGCUGUCACAGCUACGAUCUCGGUUGAGCCAGGUUGGGGUCUGCAUCAGGUGACUAAAGAAGUCCGUCGCACCGUGUCUGGGGUUCCUGAGGGUCUGUUUGAUUAUGUCGUCCCCCUCUGUCCCCAAAGGUUUAAGGGAUACGCGUCCUUUGUCCGUGUUGCCAGUGCGAUCCGUCCACACGAAAACCAUGGCGGUGUUGCCGUAGUCCUUGACCUCACACAUGCCGGUGGCAGAUACUUUGCGACGGUUCUGCCACCACGCUUGGACUAUGGGGCAUUGGUUGCUUUCAUCACACCGCUCACGCAUCACAGUGACCACCCGCUCUGCCUGCACGUUGGGGCGCGGGCCGACACUUGGCCCUAUAACAUGCCCGUUGAGCUAGUAGACGGGGAUGUGAUUACGGCCUUGUAUGGUUUUGAUACCCGGGUGUUGCAGGUUUGCGUUGAUAGUCUCUUUGAGCCGGGUGCAGAAUGGGGUGCCGUCGAACAUAUGCCCACUGUUGAGUUCACUGCGGGCGUUUGUGCCCUGUACGGCAACACAAGGUACUUCAUCCCUCCACAUCACCAUUAUGGAGAGACGGUUGUUGAAGCCAUCGCGCGGUUUGUUGCCCGCCCUGCUGCAGAGCUCACAUACUGCACCUUUCAGAUCGAUGAUCUAGAGGUGCAUGGCGAUCAUGCUUCACAUGCCAUCCUCGUCAUUGAUGCGCCCAACCCUCAAGGGGCCUCUGCCUUACAUGCGGCCAGGAGAGAUGUCUUUGUGUUCUGUGACCUGCGUCCCUUGGGUUUGAAGCCCAGGUUCAUAUGUACCCAUUGCCACGUCGUGCAUCGACCAAGUCUUCUCUCGGCCUUCGACCUGCAUGUGCAUCCGGCUUAUCGGGUUGAGGUUGCAGGAGGGGUGCAACAAGGCGAGGACAUCCAGCUGCGCGGUAAUGAGUCGCUUCUUUUCUACGCACGCAAGGCACGCAGUGGUGAGAUCGCCAUGCUACCAAGGGCAGAUACUUCAGAGUCAGACAGCUCCUCCAGCUCUUCCAGUCAAAUACGGUCUCGAGAAUCCCGUUCUGCCGAUUCUCCACCCGCCUGGGAUGGUCGGGAAGACGAAGCCGAAGUACGGCUUGAGGUACCUGCCCUAGGUGCGAGUGUUCGCCCUCCUGAUGAGAGUGAUAUUCUGCCGUCCCAGCAAGGGCCUGACACCAUCUUUGAGCGGGUAGCAGCACAGGAUUCCACAGAGCAGGAGGGGUCUGCCCGAACAGACCUGUCACCCUCCGGUGGGGAGGUCUCUACUCUUCGCUUCCAUGCUGCGCACGAUGAUGGGAGCAUCAGUUCUACGCCCACCGCAGCUGGGCUUCCAGCACCAGCAGGUGCUUUGCAAGGGCAUGCAGCAAGGCCUCAGGUGCCCUUCCACACCGAGCCGCAGGCCUUGGCGGGACCUGCGCCCACCUUGGACGCUCCUCCAGCUGAGGCGGGCUGGAUCCCUAUCCUCGUUGCUGUCUUCGUCCCGCAAUACGUUGCUGAGUUGUUUGAGAUCCCACUGUGUCUGCCAUGUGGGGUUGAACAUGCGCUUGCUGCCAUAGGGGACUACCGGACGGCACACACCGCACAUCAUUUUCCUCAGCUCUUUGUUGCACAGCCUCAUCCACUUGGGGAUUUCGCAGUUGUGCUGGCGGGUCCAGACUGGAACUCUGGCAAGGUAGUAGUCCUUUUUGACUGCCGACAAGUCAACGCGACUUUCUUCUCUGCGUUUGUCCACCCAGUCCUCAACAGAGAAUCCCUGCUCAUCGCUGCAGGUUUUCAGGCUACUGAUGGCCACCAGCUCUUUGUGCAUGGAUUACUCCAGCCACUCCGGGCAGGCCAGAUUAUAGACUUAAUUUCCGGUAUGGUUAUAGUCUGUGUGCCAGCAGGACACCGGCCGCCUGCGAUGUUUGACUUUGCAACCAUGCUUCAAAGUAGCAGCCACUGGAGUCUUCGGGCAGCGGUGCCAGGUCUCGGUCAAGCCCCAGGGACCUUUUUCCACAUACUCACCGAUGGUGGGUCACAGCGUUUUACUGUUGCACAGGGCAGAAGACCACAUUUUCGCAGCGAUCUCGUGCGGCAGCUGAGGGCCGACGACGCGGCCCUGACCAUCAAGCCUACCAAUCCCCGCACCCAAAAUCACUUCGAUCAGGGAUACAUUUCGACUCAGGUUUUGGUCGCCACUGAAAGGCUAUCACGCCUCCCCUGUCCUCCCGCCCGGACACCCGAGAACCGCUUGAUUGUGGUGCUUGACUGUCGUCGCAUCCUUCAAGGGUUUGAGUGGAGGCUGCUGGCCAGUGCUGUUGUGCCCCUGCAAGAUUUGGAACGCUUCUUCCUCCGACUCUGUCCGGCAGGGCGGAGUGUUGCCAUAUGGGGGGCACCUGUUGAAAAUACAGCGGCAGGGCCAAUGCUCCGUGUCACUUCUGGGCAGGUUCUUACAGUCGAAUAUGUGGAAGACAUCCUCAUGGAUGAACGUACGGAUUCCGGGCCCCCUGGGGACGAGGGUGGCUCCUCUGGGCCAGAGUCAGAUCCAGCAGGGGGGCCAGAUGGCGAUACAGGCGGCCCUUCGACUAGACUGCGCAGUCGGUCACCUAGGACCACCGGUAGCGUGCCCUCACCAGGUGGCGCGGCUUCUCCUGAUGAACAUCUGUUCCCCAGUGCUGGCGCAUUAGCGGGUGCGGCUACCUCCCCCGAUCCUGUGCCCACCCCGCUUUGCUUCGGAGUGCUUGCGCCUGAUUUUUCAGUUGAGACCGUUGCUCUGCAUCUGCAGCUUCCCCAGUCUGUAGACACGGUGAUUCCAGCAGUCCAGGCUUGUCGCAAUCCGGAUCUUGCACGUGCUUUCCCGGUUCUUACGCCAGUCACUGUGCAGCCAGAUGCUCGGUGGGGCCUUUUGCUGGCCACCCCUCAGUGGUCCGAAGGCGCGGUGUUCAUCUGUGUCGACCUUUAUGCGUGGCAGCAACGCCUUUUCGUCAUGCCGUCCCCCCCUACUGUUUCAGGGGCCUUCCUCCAGGAUGCAGCAGACCUAGGGGAUCAGGCACAGGUCCACAUCUUCGUUGGAGAUCAGCGACCAGUGGGGCCGCACGAAGAGGUUAUGUUGGACACCGGGUCUGUUGUCCGCAUCUGUGCCAGGUCGAUGCCACCUCCGGAGGCAUGGUCGUUGACAGACAUGUUGGCCUCUGACUUGCCUUGGGCCGCCGGCCCGGCUUUUCCAGUUGACCACACGCGCAACACUUACGGUCUUGUCACCACGAGCGGUACUGAGGUGUUUCAGCUAGAUCCCAGCCGUUCUUGGCACUACCGUGAGGAUGCUGCUCGUCUCCUCGGCUGCCCACCAUCGGAACUUCUUCUUCAGCCAGGCAUCCCUCGCCCAGUCAAUGUCAGUCAAUUGGGCAGAGUAUGUCAUACUGUCGUUGUUGCCAUUGCAGUUGGCAGCCUCUCCCUCAGCAGCCGGCCGAUUGUUUGCCUCCUAGACGCAAGACGUGUGUUGAAAGGCUGGAUUCCACUUGUCACUCUUGACGGAUGGCUUGAUACCUUUCCCCCCUUGAGGGCUCUACAGCAAGGCGUCCCAGCACCGUGGCGUGUUGCUUUCAGUGGAGUACCAGUCGAUCAACAGUGGCUCCAUACCGAAGCAGGCUGCAUCCUGACUGCCUACUGCUUCCGCGGUCGCUCUGACCUCUAUACACUUUCCACACACACCCCUCCUGAUGACGAUCUUGACCCGUCUCGAGGUUACGAUACUGAUCCAGGGAGUUGGGAUUGUUGGCUCGGCGACGAUCGGCCCCCGUCGCGACCAGAGCCAAGUCGUGGCAGCCAAUCGGCUACCGGACCUCUUCUACAGAGCCGUGUCUCACAGCUGCCACCGCCAGCCACAGUGGAAAGAUCCUUUGGGGACCAUGCAUCCAAGAGCAACGUGAUGUACAUGUGGCAGGAGAGCCUUUCGAACCAUGACGCCCACCCUCUGGGCAGGUCUCCUUCUACCUCUGUUUUCCAGGUUGUGCUUGCAGAGUGCAUAGUUGGCCUUCUGUACUUUGGGAUCCUCUGUGUCACUUGUCACUGCCUCCUUCCACACCUAUUCCUGCGAUCGGACACCGGCAAGGAUGGAGGGAUUACGUGUCUCACAGUUGCCACGGUUGUCCUCGCGCUUGCAGGCGGGGAACCAGGAGCGCGCCGACGUUCCCUGCACCUUUCUGCUCUGGUGCUUCUGGGCUUCUGUUUGCAAGGUGCAACUGCUUUCGUGACCAGACCCCCGACUUGCAGCGGUCUUGACGACUGUGCUUUUGGCAUCGCCUUCAGCCAGGCCCAUGCUGCUGCCGUCCGGAGGCUCCCCACUCCGUGCCUUGUGCCGCGCUCCUUGCCGUGCGUAGAGGACACAACUCUUGCUCAUAUGUGUCCCUCUGCCUUGGAGCACACGGCGUGCAGCCAUGACAGUAAUGGACUUGUGACGCUUCUUGAGCAGGCCGCGAAGGACAGUGCCGGGUAUGCUUUCUACUUGGCUGCGACACUCUUGGAGACACUGUUCGAGCACACGGCUUCCGAGAGCGUCAGGGAAGGAGACUCAAACAGUACUCCUAUCCAGUCUUCUGUGCUUGCCCUCGACACACUUGUGCCGGCCACUCCCUUCCAGCAGCUCGUACAUGGGCUCGGGAUCCUGCUACCCACUCCUUUUGGGCCUGUUGAGGAUGCACUCGCCUCCGGUCAGGAUUGGCUUGACUCUGACCUAAGUGAGCUGCUUGCUGAUGCCCAAGUCCCUGCGGAAUGGCGUGCGAAGUUUGGUGCCAUUGUGGACUGGGAAGCUCGUGCCGCUGAGGCUACCUUGCUCAGCCUCGAGAUUUAUACAGAUGGCUCCGCCGAUGGCGCUGUUGAAGGUCAGCUAGUGGCUCCAUGUGCCUGGGCUUUCUCUGUUUGGGCCGUCACUGACUUUGGCCGGUACCUUGUCGGCUGGGCAGCUCAUGCUGCCGUGUCGGCCGGCACGCCCUUCUGGGUUGGGGAGCAACACGAAGAUGCCCUUGAGGGUGAGACUCUUGCCUUGGUUUGGGCGCUUGCAUGGGUCCUCGACUGUGGACACAGGUUUCGAGUGCCUAUGUUGAUGCGAUACGACGCUGUUGUAGUUGGCGCAGGUGUCUUUGGGGACCAACGACCACCUCAACGACAAGGCGAGGCAGCGCCGAGUCAGCUUGUCAAGCUUGCGGUUGCGUUGCGCCAAAGAGCUACUGUGUGGUACAAGCUUGGACAUGAGCAUGUUUCCGGACACGCGGGAGUUCUCGGCAAUGAGCUCUGUGAUCAGCUGUCCAAACGAGCACGCCGACAAAAAGAAGAUCCAUAUGAUCGACUUCUUCCUUCAUGGCCGGCUCGUCUGCUCAGGCAUCCACUGCUGUCGUGGUCAUGGAUGAUGCACCUUUCCAGCUCGCAGUUGCCGGCGCUUUCCGCUUUGGAGGUUGAGGCCCGUCGGUUACAGACCCAGUCUCGGCCGGUGCCCGCUGCGCCGGGCAUGGGCGUUCGUGAUGUGCAUACUGCUGCCACGGAUCUAGCUUUUGCCUUUACAGUUGCCACUUACAACGUCCUCACUAUGUUCGAUCCGGGUGCUGCUCAAGGCCGUAAGACUAGGGCAGGUUCCUUUGGUAUGCAGAUAGCUGGCAAGCGUGCACUCCUGAAACAACAGAUGAUCGAUAGUGGUGUCUGGGCGCUCGGCCUCCAGGAAACACGACUCCCCACAGAUGCUGUGCUCCCCGACAAAGACCUGCUGAUGCUUAAUGCUGCGGCGGAGGCAAAUGGCAGCUUAUGGAUGCUCUUUCUUACCAUUCUUGUGGCCCAUGGACCACGGGUCCUGGGCACAGACUGUACCGCCGCUCGAGACUUCUGGAGCUUGCGCGCAACAGAGCUGGAACAGCGUCCUGACGGAUCGGACGUGAUCCUCUUAGUCGAUGCUAACAGCAGGCUUGGAGAUGUCGAGACGGAAGCUGUCUCUGGACACGAUGCGGAGCCGGAAGGUGAGGCAGGUGCCGUCUUUCAUGAAUUCCUGCUUCGUGUCGGGUGCUGUGUCCCUUCCACUUUUGCUGGGGUCCAUACAGGGUCAUCUUGGACUUGGAUGGCACCCGCGGCUUUCGGGGAAAGCACUCGAAGACGCAUCGAUUAUGUUGGCGUCCCUAUUGCAUGGCAGUCCUUUGAGCUGCAUACCUGGGUCUGGGAUCAGCUGGAGUCCAUGCAGCUACGGGUUGAUCAUAGGCCGGUGUGCCUUUCUGCCAGUUUUGGGCGCAAAGCGGCACCAGCCUUCUACCAGCGUGCUUCACGACGGCCGUGCCGGCCGGUUACUCGACCCACCAGAGAGCAGACUCAGCUCUUCAUUCAACGGCUGUCUGAUGCGCCUAGCAUCUCGUGGCAGUCCGGCCCCGAUGGCCAUUUUGCUGAGCUAGUACCGGAUAUGGUGCAGGCCUGUGAAGGUCUAAGUCCUAGUCCAGAUUCUGGGGCGGUCCAGGCCCAUCUUAGCCAGGAAACCCUUGCCCUUGUAAGGGAAAGGGCACAGAUCCGGAGCUACCUGCGGUGUGAGAACGUCGAGCUCCGGCGUCGUCGUCUUAUCAUUGCAUUCGCUGCCUUUGUUGCUGGCACCAGAUCCGUUCCUCUGACAGCUCAUGCCCGGCCCGCAGCGCAUGAUUGGUUGCGGCAAAUGGAUCACAGCAUUGCGGCUGCCGCAGCUAGGCUGAAUCGACUUGCCGGGGACCUGCGCCGGGCACUCAAGCUUGAUAGGGUUGCCUAUCUCCAUGGCCUUGUCGAGGAAGUUCAGCUUCAAGACCUUCGAGAUCCCCGGCGCUUGUUUGCCGCUGUUCGGCGAGCCUUUCCCAAGGCGAGGUCGGCCCGACGAUCGGGUUUUACCCCACUUCCAGCCGUCCUAUGUGCGGAUGGCAGCUUUGCACAAACGCCGGCAGACCGAGCUGAGCGGUGGCGAGCGCAUUUUGCUGAACAGGAGGCUGGGCGUUGCAUUGAUGCAGAGGAUUAUGGUGCUUUCUUUGCCAACCCGGAUAUUCCUGUUCUGCCUGCCGGCCCAGUCUUUGACUGGCAGUGUCUGCCUACACUUGGGGAUGUUGAGAUGCAGGUUGCAGCUAUGCAUCACAACAAGGCGGCCGGGGCUGAUGGGCUUACUGCGGAGGUCUACCGCCUGUCGCCUGCCAAUUCCGCCUUGUGUAUGUUGCCACUUUUCUUGAAAUCCAGUCUUCAAGUUCAAGAGCCAGUCGAGUGGAGAGGAGGUUGCCUUGUUGCGUUGGCCAAGAAGGCCGCUGCGGCUUUGCGGUGUGAAAAUUUUCGUUCCAUCUUGAUGGCCAGCACAAUGGGCAAGUUGUAUCAUCGGGUUCUACGCGCUAAGCUGCUGCCGAGCCUGGACUCCUUUAAAGGCCCAUUGCAGGCCGGCACUUCUCGCGGUGUCGGUGUGGACACUGUUGCAUUGAUGGUCCGUGCCUUCAUGGGGUUCUUUGUCCACAAGGCCAAUACGGCUGCAGUUACCUUUUAUUAUGUCAAAGCUGCGUACUAUCGCAUGCUGAGACACACCUUGGUCCCCACCCUUUCUGAUGAUAGGCCGUUGUUGGCACUCAUCCAUCGCCUCGGCCUGCCGCCAGCUGCUGUCUGUGAACUGCAGCGACACAUGUCAAACCUCGCUCUUUUGCCGGCAGCGGGGGUGGGACAACAUGCCACGGCUCUGGUGGCAGACCUUUUCCGCGGCACGUGGUUCAGACUCGAUAAAUCGAGCGUGCUCACGGUUACCUCCCGAGGUAGCCGGCCCGGUGACCCACUUGCUGAUUUGCUAUUCGGCUUCAGUCUGGCGGGAUACCUUCAUGCCAUCGACCAGGCGCUUGAUCAAAAGGGUUUGAGCACGCAUAUUCCUGCCUGCGGCCAGCGGGCGGAGUGGUAUGAACCACCCACCGACAGCCGUAUCAACCACGUUGCAUGGGCUGACGAUUAUGCGAACAUGCAAAAGGCCUCUUCCGAGCCUGCCCUACAUGAUGCCAUUGUUGCAGCCGCGACGGUGCACUUGGAGCUCGCCACGGCUGUUGGUGUUGAGCUCACCUUUGCAGUCGACAAGUCUGCGGUUCUCCUGCCUAGCAUGUGCGCCAGGUCUGCUGCUCUGCCCUCUCCUCUCAAUCCAAAGGGGCUACCUGGUUAUGCCCUGCGGGAUACUCUCUCCGGCCGGGAGCACUUCCUUCCCGUUGUAGAUGCCUACCGACAUCUAGGGGGUAUUGUCACAGCGAACUGUGCCUCUGCCACAGAGAUUGCAUUUCGGUACGCACAGGCCUGCUCUGUGCUGCGUCCCCUUCGGAAACAGCUGUUCAGUUCGGCCAGCGUGCCACUCACGCUCCGCAUUCAUCUGCUUCGCUCGCUCGUUCUAUCCCGCUUUGUCUUCGCCAGUUCCAUUACUGACUUGACUUGUGCGGUGCAUCGUAGGACGUGGUGCAAGCAUUAUGUGAGUUUGUGGCGGGCUUUGUACCGACGUCGGGAGAAGGAUGAACACGUGCACAGUUACAGUGUCCUCCUCCAUGCUGGGGCUCCAUCCCCGCUCCUUGCACUAGCCAUGGCUCGUGCGGUGUUUUUACGGCGACUCUUCGCCACAGGCCCCGCCCAGCUCAUGCACAUGCUUUUCGUGCACUGGCAACAGCGGCCAGCGGCAUCCUGGCUUUCCAUGUUGGCACUUGAUAUACGUGCUGUCGCGGCAUACAGCGAUGCUGCAGCGGUGCUGCUGGUCAUGCCAUGCCCUAUCACCAGCCUGUUGGAAUCUUUCAGAGAUGACGGGGCCUGGUGGCCACAACAGGUUCGUAAGGCGGUCAAGGGCUUCGGACAGGACUUGUUACAAUGGAGCCGACAGCCUGCGGUCGUGCCGCCGCCUUUGGAACAGAGGGUGCAGGACCUGCCUUUCCGCUGCCGUUGGUGUGAGGCUUCUUUCCGGCUCCACAAACAUGUUGCGGUGCACGAAGCUCGUGCCCAUGGGUCGCUGUCCCCGUCUCGUCAUUUCGCGCCGAUGCCUUACUGCUUGGCCUGCCACAAAUGGCUGCAUUCUGUCGUCCGUGUACAGUACCACCUCCGGCAGCAUGCUGACUGCCUUCUCCGUUGUGCCCUGGUUCUUCCGCCCAUGGACUUGAUUGGGGUUCACGAGGCCGAGGCCUACGACAAAGCACAGGAGAAGGCUCGAAAGAGAGGGGCUUGGCAGCAGCAUGUGGCGGCGCGGCCACCACUGCAAUGUGCCGGACCACGCCUCCCGUCCUAUGAGGAGGCCCUGGCAGGCUUGCCAGAAUCCGAGAUCACGCUCCAGCGUAUCAAAGCCUUGUACCGUCCAGCACAGCAGGUCCAGGCAUGGAUACACGGUUCGGUCUCGCGACGUGCCAAAGAGGGCCCUAGAACGGGUACCAACGAAUUCUGGCUGGCCCGCCCCAACACCAUGUUUCACACAGAGAAUUCAGUUGCGUAG